AUGGGCUGGGCUUGGCAUUUGCUCAGAGGUAAGGAUCCACGCCCACUUCACACAUGGGACAAGUCCCGAGUCACCCAGAGCAAAAAUGCACCUCACAGCCAGGGUGAGUAUGACGUGUACAGCACCUUCCAGAGCCAUGAGCCUGAGUUCGACUAUCUCAAGAGCCUGGAGAUAGAAGAGAAGAUCAACAAGAUCAAAUGGCUUCCUCAGCAGAAUGCAGCCCACUCGCUGCUGUCCACCAACGAUAAAACCAUCAAGUUAUGGAAGGUCACCGAGCGGGAUAAAAGGCCCGAGGGCUACAACCUGAAGGACGAGGAGGGGAAGCUGAAGGACCUGUCCACGGUGACGUCGCUGCAGGUGCCGGUGCUGAAGCCCAUGGACCUGAUGGUGGAGGUGAGCCCUCGGAGGAUCUUUGCCAAUGGCCACACCUACCACAUCAACUCCAUCUCCGUCAACAGCGACUGCGAGACCUACAUGUCGGCGGAUGACCUCCGCAUCAACCUCUGGCAUCUGGCAGUCACCGACAGGAGCUUUAACAUUGUGGACAUCAAGCCGGCCAACAUGGAGGACCUCACGGAGGUGAUCACGGCAUCCGAGUUCCACCCCCACCACUGCAACCUCUUUGUCUACAGCAGCAGCAAGGGCUCCCUGCGGCUGUGCGACAUGCGGGCGGCCGCACUGUGUGACAAGCACUCCAAGCUCUUCGAGGAGCCCGAGGACCCCAGCAGCCGCUCCUUCUUCUCAGAGAUCAUCUCCUCGGUGUCAGAUGUAAAGUUCAGCCACAGCGGCCGCUACAUGCUCACGCGGGAUUACCUCACGGUCAAGGUCUGGGACCUGAACAUGGAGGCGAGGCCCAUCGAGACCUACCAGGUGCACGAUUACCUGCGCAGCAAGCUCUGCUCGCUCUACGAGAACGACUGCAUCUUUGACAAGUUCGAGUGCGCGUGGAACGGCAGCGACAGUGUCAUCAUGACCGGGGCUUACAACAACUUCUUCCGCAUGUUCGACCGCAACAGCAAGCGGGACGUGACCCUCGAGGCGUCACGGGAGAGCAGCAAGCCCCGGGCCGUGCUCAAGCCGCGGCGCGUGUGCGUGGGCAGCAAGCGGCGGCGUGAUGACAUCAGCGUGGACAGCUUGGACUUCACCAAGAAGAUCCUGCACACGGCUUGGCACCCGGCCGAGAACAUCAUUGCCAUCGCCGCCACCAACAACCUCUACAUCUUCCAGGACAAGGUCAACUCCGACAUGCACUAGGGCCCCGUCACACCUGCCACGUGGGAGGAGGCCGCCGUGGGGACACAGGGCGCCUGGGCCUUGCCCCGCCCUGCCAGCCUCAGCAGGCUAAGGUGGCCUUGGAUGGCCAUGAUCUGUUUAACAAAGGGAGAGGUGCACAGGCACAAGGCACCAAAUGGCCGUGGUCACGGAGCGGCACUGUUUGGGUUCUUGGCAUGCACUGUGCUCUGUCCAUCUCGGCUGCCGUCUUCCCCGACUCUUCACUGUCCAUGCGGCCGGUCCUUUCAGAGGAAGCUGGAGCUGGUCCUGAUGGGGGACAGAGACCGGAGGUGGCAUGGGCCAGCUAGGGGCUUCGACGAGAGUGGGCCACUUGCCUGGCCUCGGGGCUGGUCCCGCCUGGGCUUUCUGGGUGGGAGUUUGUGAUCUGUGCAGGUCCCACCCCGGGGUAGGUUCCCAAGAGGAAGGGUGGGGCCCUACUCGUGUGCCAGUCCCCUUGCCUCGUUGCCCCCCUUGCUGAGCGGCUGUGGCACCUGGGCAGGGUGCAUCCACCGGAUUCCUGCAGCCUGGCCCCCGACAGCCACUCCUUUCUCCUCCCCCAGGACUCUGGCUCCUGCCUGUGGCUGUCACGUGGUAUCUGUUCCACUCCCUAAACAACGGCUGUCCUUGGGUGCCGGCCCUGCACUGGGGACCAGCACAGAGGGUGAAGAAUGAUUGUCCCCACUGUACAUGAGAGGAAACCGAGGCUCUGGUGGUGGUUGUCACGAUCAGGGGUGCUAUCCCCGCUCCACGCAGGCCCCAGUGGCGCACAUUAACCCGACACUGAAGGGCGCCGUCCCCUCACUCGCACCUUGAUGACAAGGGAUGACACAGAGGGAGAGGGAGAUGGAGAAGCCGUGUUUGGUGAUGUCAGGAUGUCCCUUCCCGAGGACGUCACCUCAGGACCGAAGGCCUCGGGUCCUUCUGCAGCCAUGCCGCACUGCCCCCGAGAGGAAACGCAUGUCCUGACCGUUGUGGGGUGUAUUCUCUGGGGACCACACACGCUCAUUAGGGGCCCUCCCCACACCCCGACACUGAGGGCCCCAGAGAUGUGUCUGCAGAGUCCUGCUGGCGACACUGGACUCUACCCGGUGUCAUCUGGCCCGGGGCACAGCAGGGGAGUCAGGCAGCUUGGGCCUGGGCUCCGGGCGGAGUGCAGCAGGCCAGGCUGAGGAAAUGGGCCCGAGGGGUCCGGGGCACCCGUGGACUUGUGUGUGUAAAAGCACAAAGCGCAUGUGCACUUACUCCUGGCCAUAUUCCACUUACACACCAGUGGGUCCCUUGAGUUUUUCUUUUUAAUCAACGUGAAUGAAGAGUGUCUGUUUAUAGUAGCGCUGUAAAAUCCAGGUGACCUGGACAGUAUUAUAUGUACAUAUCUACCUUAUUAAACUUUACAGUCAUGAGAUCGUACGACUUUACCCCCUGAGGAUGUGGUGAAUUGUACAGAAAUCUUGCUGAAGCCAAAACCCAGCUCUGAGGGCCUUAAACGCUUGCUGGGGUCUUCGGCGCCAGCGUCUCCCUUUGUGAUCCCGACAUCCGGAGAGGAAACUUGAGUUGGAAGCGAGGAGUUCCAUGAAACCGUAGGUUUAGCAUUAACCGUCUUCAGAGCAGCGGUCUUAUGGCCUUCGAAGGGGGUCUCGCACAGUUCCUACUUCCUGACUUGUUUUAAACUUUGGGUACCAAACCAAAAAGGGGGUUGGGGAGGGAAAGAAAAAGAGCUCCGAAGAAAAAUGCGUCUUGAGGUCCCUGGAAGAGAACUGCCCAGAGUGGCUGUGGACAGUGGACUGAGUGCGGAAAACAUGCGAGGGGCGAGGCUGCUGCGGUCACUCCCUUCCCUGUGUCUGCCUCUGGUCUUCUUGGGUGUUGGGCGUGUGCUUCGUGGUCGUGCUGUGGGGGUUUGGUUAUUUCUUCCCCUUGGGCUGCUCUCCGAGGGCGGAGCCCUGGGGAAGGGAAGUGGGUGGCGUAGGUCCGGGUUUGGAUUCUGUAACACUAGGUGCAUUCUUUCUUUCUCGGGCGUCUCUCCGAUUAUCCAACUGUUGAAUAAAAUUAUAAAUAUGUUAAUACCAGCUUUUUUCCAAUAAAAUAACAAAUGUUA